AUGCCAAUACUACCCAAGAAACACAACUACUGUGUAAGCAAUGCCUACUCAUACACCCUUUUCAGAGUCUUACAUAAAAAUAGUCAUGUCUCUCAAGAGCACAGCUCUUCUAAUGUGAGAGAAAAACUUCAGAAUGGUAGAAACAUCAGCACUAAUAAACCAGUUGUAAAGGGAUACCUGAGAACUACAAGGGCUCUUGGAUGUCAAGGAGCUCCAGUAAAAAGAACAUCUGUUAUACCUGUACCUUGUACUGCAUCUGUCCCUACCAAUGUUACUUGCCAGUUUCUUAUUUUGGCUUCUAAUGGGCUUUGAAGGGUUUUGGAUUACCUGAAGUACUUGCACCAACUCUUAACAUUCACUCAUUUUUUGAGAAUGCAUGAAUGCUGUUCAACAAAACAGGACUUCGUGUGUCAGUACCUAGUAUCCCUCACUGGAGACAACUUAACUGACUCAAACACUAUUAAUCAUCUGCAAGAUAGAAUACAGCUAUUUUAUUCCAAUAAAGGUAUUUUUCAGAGUGACUCAAAAGGCAAUCUGAAACAAAAUCAGUGAAAAUGUUCUAGGAAGAAUUAUGGACAUAGUAAAAAUGGAACUCCUAAUAAGGAAACCAAUGACCACAAAAAUCAACCUAACCCAGAACUGUCUCUUAUCAGUAAUAAUGGAGUAAAUUCAAAGAAAGAGAUAUGCUACUCCAAUUCUAGCACACAAGGUGACUCUGAAGAACAGUUUGAAGACAGAAAAUUUUAUCUAAGUGAGACUUCAGAGCAAGAAGAAACCACUUUCUGUGCAACAGGUCCAAGUCAGAGCUAUAAACAGCUGCAAGAGAAUGUGCUGGCAUCAAGGUCUAAGGUCAUGAAAAUUACCCCAAAACAGACAAAACCAUGCCAUAAUUCUCACUCAAAUACACAGCUGGCAGAAAAAAUGGACUCCAAUUCAUUUUGUGACAAAGCAGGUGAUGCUGGUCAAGAACUGCUAAAGACUGUAUCACCACUGGGUUCCAAACCACCACCACAGUUUGAAAAAGAUACAAAAAUGUACCCGAUCAAUUGUAAAUCACAAGCUGGAAGAGACACAGUCAGCUCAGAGACAUUGCAAUGCAACAAGUCACCUUGUGAACAACUGGCAAAGACUGCAUUAGCUGCAGGUUCAAGAGACAAUAUUACUGUUUUGAUCAUACUUAUAAAUGGAUAUAAUAAGAUACCAAAUUACCUCAACAGUUAA